AUGAUUAUCUGACUUAUUCUUUUAUGCCUACUCAUUUUUGACUUAAUUUAUGCUACAAAAUCCAUAUCACCGAGCAGAGCUCAAGAAAAAGUUGCAAACUCCUGCAUAUUUUUAUUUUUUAUCAACUAUUCAACUUUAACACUUUUUGAAGCAUAUAAAAAUGAAAUUUCGAAUUAUAUAGAAUUUUCAUUCCUCAAUCCUGUGGACUCUUUAAAAUUUUUAUGAAUAUGAUUUCUUAAUUUUCUUCAAUAUUCCAGCGUCAUUUAUUGAUAUGGCUUUUUCACGUCAGGAUUUAUUUCUCUGAUUAUAGUAUACAAACAUUCUCAAGAUACAUUGGCGUAUUGAUGCUGCUUAUUUGGAAUGAUAAAUCCGAUUUUUUUCUUGUUUUACAAUGUUUCAGCAACCGUUACUGAAUAUUAUAUUUUGUAUGCAAUAAGUAUCGGAAUAUUUAUAAUAACAGUAGCUAAGUUGAUCUAUUUUGAUGUGCAAACAUUUCAUACCUCUGACACUAUGGGAAAAUAUGUUUUUCUUAUGAUAGCUGAAACGGGAUUCUUUUUAAAAUGGAUUUUUUACUAUAAUCUCGAUAUUUUUGAUAUUUCUUAUUUCUUACUUGUUUUUUAUUUUUCAAUUGGAAUAAUAUACUUGUUGAGCUUUUAUUUUCUUAUUUCGUAUAUAAGCACUUAUGAUUUUCUUAAAUCAACAUUAACAGAACUUAAAGAGAAGAGCAAAAAAUAUUUUCAUAUAGAAGAAAGCUUAUGAAAAAUAUGCAAAAUAUAUGCUUUUAGCCUUCCAUCAAAACUUGUUGAAUUCAUUUUCUAUGUUUAAUAAGCUAAAAGCAUUCCGGAGCUAUAUAUGCUUUUAAUUGUGUUUUUUACAUUUGCCAUUGCUCUGUCUUAUAAUCUAAUUGAAACUUUAUGAGGAGAAUUUUUAACUUUAAAAGAACUUAUGUUUAUGAUAGUUGCUGGUGGGAUCGGAGAAAGUUUAAUAUAUCCUGAAGAUGGAGAUUCUUCUGAGUCCGUUCAACGCACGUUAAAUUUUUUUCCAAUCUAUGCUCAAAUAUGGAUAAUCAGAGGAAUUUUCAGAGUGAUAAUUUAA